AUGGCUUCUCUUUCCCCCGACUCAUGUUGCUACAAGGGUGUUAAGCAUGAAGGUGUUGCCAAGGGCAAACUGACCCAAAUUGCUGGCAUUGAAGCAUACACCGUCUAUCCCGAGAGUCAAUCUACAGAGAAGGCAAUCUUAAUUUUGACCGAUAUCCUUGGACAUCAAUUUAUCAACAUUCAGCUCAUCGCUGACCAAUUUGCGGCAAAUGGCUACUUUGUCGUGAUCCCUGACCUGUUUGAAGGUGACCCGGUGCCGUUGAACAAGCCGGGCGAGUUCGAUAUGGAGAAAUGGCGUGCUGGGGAAUAUAACCCCAAGGGCACUGCACACUCGCCGCCUAAUGUUGAUCCGAUUGUUGAUAGUUGCUUGACAGAAAUGCGGGAUACGUUGGGCUGCAAGACCAUCGGCGCCGUUGGAUAUUGCUUCGGAGCGAAAUAUGUAGUGCGCUUCCUCAAGCCAAGUACAAAGGUGGACGUCGGAUUCAUGGCGCACCCAACGGGUGUUACCGAGGAGGAGCUAGGCGCGAUAAAAGGUCCUCUAGCAAUUGCUGCUGCUGAGACUGAUGCGAGGUUUCCACCCGAGAAGCGCCAUAAGAGCGAAUUGAUUCUACAACAGACUGGAUUGCCUUACCAGGUCAAUUUGUAUAGCGGUGUGAACCAUGGAUUUGCGGUGCGCGGCGACCUGAACAACCGUGUCGUGAAGUAUGCCAAGGAGACGGCGUUUUUGCAAGCUGUUCAGUGGUUUAACGAACACUUGUAA